AUGUCGGGGUUCGGCGAUGGGUACGUGGGAACGGCGCUGGACGCGGUGAAGAUCCGGCUGGAGAAGCAGCGCGAGGCGGAGCGCUGCAAGAUCGAGGAGCUCAAGAACAAGUCCGCGGACGGGCAGCCCGGCCUCCUCCAGUUCGGCUCCAGCACCUCCGAGAUUCUUGAGACUGCAUUUAAGAAGGAAACAGUUGGUCUCGUCACCAGGGAGCAGUAUGUCGAGAAGAAAAGGAAAAAGAGGAGAGUGAAGGGUGAUCCACGCUUAUCUUUCUGCGACGACAUUGAGAAUGGAAGUGAUGAAGAUGAUUUUAAGAAACAAGAAACCAAGAAAAAUGGCCCUGUCAAACUUGGAAAGGAUCCAACUGUCGAGACAAGUUUUCUACCCGAUAGAGAAAGGGAGGCGGAGGAACAAGCAGAACGAGAACGACUGAAGAAGCAGUGGUUGCGUGAACAGGAAUUGAUCAAAAAUGAACCUCUUUCAAUUACUUACAGUUACUGGGAUGGGACUGGGCACAGGAGAGUUAUCCAGGUCCGUAAAGGUGACUCCAUUGGAGAAUUCCUAAGUGCUGUUCAACAGCAGCUUGCCCCUGAAUUCCGUGAAGUACGGACAACUUCAGUUGAGAAUCAACUUUAUGUGAAGGAAGAUCUUAUCAUCCCUCAUCAACACAGCUUUUAUGAAUUAAUUAUCAACAAAGCGAGGGGCAAGAGUGGACCGCUUUUCCAUUUUGACGUUCAUGAGGAUGUUCGUACCAUUGCCGAUGCAACAAAAGAAAAGGAUGAGGUGACUGACGUUUCACAAUGUCUUAUUUGUACUUUUCAGUUUCCCAUAUGA